UACGUAGACUUCAUCGUUCUCUGGCGGCGGCUUAAGAACUUUUCAAAACACGACAGCUUCAACACCAAGCGAGAAAGAACUCUCAAACAAAUUAUAAGAAAACAGAAAACACGGACUUCACAAACUCAUUUCUUCGCAAAACUUCUACUCCCAAUAACAAAAAAAAAAAGAAUGAAUAAUGAAAUUGCGAAGAAAGUCACGGCGAUGUUUGAUCACCGGCGGUUAAACCGCUCUGGAUCAUCACUGUUCACAGCGUUUGCUACCUCAGUUAUAGCUCUGAUCGUUUUCACGAUCGUUAUCGUCUCUAAUUUACCGGUGAGAGAUUUCUCGGAGGUGGUGACAAUAGAGAUCAAGACAGUUGUUCCUUACUUACCGCUGAGAUCAGUGAAGGAGCUAAGCGAAGGAAACAACAGCUAUUCGAUCAAGCAGCGUAUCACAGUCAACGAGAAUAACAAUCUUCAGGUUCUCGAGAUUUUUGGAGGCAAAGGCGUGUCGGAGAAGUUUCAGCAGCGAGCAACAGAGUUUUUGAGAGAUGAUUGUGAAGUCAAUUUCAUGAUGACGUGGAUCUCUCCUGCGGAAAUGUUCGGCAAGAGAGAGAUUUUAUCAGUCGAAAGCGUCUUCAAAUCUCAUCCUCGAGGUUGUUUGAUGAUUUUAUCAUCGACGAUGGAUUCUCCUCAAGGGUUUAGAACCUUGAGACCGUUUCUUGACCGAGGUUACAGAGUUACGGCGAGCUUUAAAAGUCUGAGGAAUGUGAUCGGUGCGCAGACUCUCGAACCGGUUUCAAGAAAAUGGACCAGACUGAACAAUGCGGUUUUGAUCUUCGACAAGAAUCAUCCUCUCUUGCUCAAAUGCAUUGAAGAAUUUGCGUUGACUUUCAACGGAAACGUUUGGGGUCAUAACGGACCGUACCUUGUUUCUCGGGUGGCUCGAGCCGUGGAAGGAACUGAUGGCUAUAACUUCACCAUCAUGACACCUCCUGCGUUUUAUUCGGUGAAUUGGGUUGAGAUUGAGAAGCUUUUCAAAGUUCCAAGAACAGAGAAGGAUUCCAAGAGAGUCCAAGUCAAGAUCUUUGAAACCUAUGCAUCGACCAUUCAAUCCACCUGCCCAGACUCUCUACUUGCUGAUCUCUCGAAUCCAACCUCCCAUGGAUCAGUUCCUGUGUUCAUCGAUCGUGACCCGGAGAUUUUCUCCGUCAUCCUCAAUCUCCUCCGUACUGGACGGCUCCCAGCUAAUUCCUCCGGCGUUUUCUCCAAGCAGGAACUACUCGAUGAGGCUCUGUAUUACGGCGUGGAGUCACUCCUCCGGUCGGCUAUGUUUCCGCCCCCGCUGCUUGGUUUCGAUGCUUCUCUAGUCUCCACCAUCAUACCGGCGACCGACGGAGUUCCGUCCGCGUUCACCGCUACUGCUGGAGAUGCCUCUCUGUGGAUCGCUCACGGCGGACAGGUAUCCGUCUACGAUUGGAGCCUUUCUCACGCUGGAACCGUCCGUACGCAUCUCAGUGAUAUCACGUCGAUCUGCCGCGUGUGGGACGAGGCGGCGGCUAUUGGAUCUGGAUCCGCGUCGGGACUUCACUUCUACGAUCUCUCCGCAGGACGAUACGUCGGAUCUACGCACUGGACGGAUCCGGAGGAUCCGAGGAUCCAUAAGGCACGAGUCGCCGCCGUUGCCGAUUCGGCCAGUGGAGUGUUCGCGUCUUUCGAGUGCCUGCACAGAGAGAACAGCGUUCUCCAGAUCGACAAGUCCACUCUCCAAGUCGUCGCCGUCAUCGGCCAGCAAUCUGGAAGCUCAGCCAAAACCACCGUACCGGAGAAACUGCGGUGGGUGCCAACGAACGGUCUUUUAGUGGGAUCCUCUGUCCAGCGCGGAGUGUUUGGAUGCUCCGGCUACGUCAGGAUCCUGGACCCGAGGUCCAGGAACAUUGUGUGGGAGACGAGUGAGCCAGGUUCGGGUCGAAGCAGCAGGUUCGGAGACGCCUUAGCUGACGUGGACGUGGACGUUGAAGACUCGAUUCUCUUCAAGGUAUGUUCCAAGUCGGGAGACCUCGGAAUGGCAGACCUUCGUAAAUUAGGUGAAGAUCCAUGGGUAUAUACGUCAGACGAGAAUCCCGGCGCGUGGAAGGCCGACGACGGAGGCGGAAGCGGCAGUUACAGCGUUGUACAUUGUUACAGAAAGCAAGUGUUGGCCGGGAGAGGCGGCGCAUUAGAGGUAUGGUCAAGGGUUAAGGAGAAUGCAUGUGGUGAUCCGAUUCGCAGGAAGAACUUUGUAGACAAGGAAGAGGAUUCCAAGAGAGGGAUGAUUUCGAAAAUUGAAGCCGGAGGUGAUCGGCUCUUUGUUUCCCGGGAGUAUAUGGAAGGUGUUGAGGUCUGGGAAAGUUCUAAUUUCUCAAGUUUGAUAUCCGUCGAG